UAUAUUCAUGUUACAAAAUUCCGUAAAAAUAAUUAUUAAAGAAAGAGAGAGUGAAUUGUCUUAAUGUCGAUUCAUUAUAAUCAUGGUGACAAACAUGUAUAAACAUACAUAUACAUACAAUGUUGUGGGAAGGCAAAAAUUCACAUAAGCCCAUGAAAAGGUUCAAAUAGGCCAAAAGACUAGCCAUGUAUCGUAAAAUAACCAUAAAGUAUUGGUUUUUCUUAGCCAUUAUUUGUUUAGUAACAUGCGCUAGUUAUUGGCUACUUUGGUCAGAAGUUCGUUUAGAAAGUGCCAUUAAACCCUUGAACAAAUUAAGUCGGAGUUCAACUAGUGUGGAUCCACAUAAUUCGUUGACUGGUGUCGAUUUUUAUGAUUACGACGAACAAUUAGUGGUUUUGUAUAAUCGCGUACCCAAAACGGGUUCCACGAGUUUUGUAAAUAUUGCUUAUGACUUAUGUAAAAAGAAUAAAUUUCACGUCUUGCAUAUCAAUGUUACUGCAAAUAUGCACGUUUUAUCAUUGCCAAAUCAGAUAACUUUUGUGCGUAACAUUACUAAAUGGCAUCAAAUGAAGCCUGCUUUGUACCAUGGUCAUAUGGCGUUUUUAGAUUUUUCAAAAUUUCAAAUAUCUAAACCUAUCUACAUCAACAUAGUGCGUAAACCGUUGGACAGACUUGUUUCCUAUUACUAUUUUUUACGUUAUGGUGAUAAUUAUCGUCCAAACUUAAUAAGGAAGAAAGCGGGUAAUAAAAUCACGUUCGAUGAAUGUGUGGAAUUAAAACAAGCAGACUGUGAUCCAAAAAAUAUGUGGUUACAAAUACCAUUCUUUUGUGGUCAGGCUGCAGAAUGUUGGGAGCCGGGCAGUAAAUGGGCUUUGGAGCAAGCUAAACGGAACCUAGUUAAUGAAUAUUUUUUAGUCGGCGUCACCGAGCAAAUGGAUAAUUUUAUUGAUUUAUUAGAAAGAUCUCUGCCCAGAAUAUUUCAAGGUUUCCGUGAAUACUAUCAACAUUCUAAUAAAUCCCAUUUACGUCAGACGACUUCUAAAAUUCCACCUAGAGAGGAGACAAUAGGAGAGAUUAUGAAAUCAAAAAUCUGGCAAAUGGAAGAUGAAUUGUAUAAAUUUGCUUUGAUGCAGUUUGAAUUUAACAAACGUAAACUUACCGUGCCCGAUAAUAAGCACUUACAGAAAUUUAUGUAUGAAAAAAUUAGACCCAAAUAGUAGAAGAAAGAGGUGCAAAAGCGGUAAUUUGUGUACAUAUAUGUGCAGUUUUUUUUGUAUUUGUUAUAGGAAAAAAAGUACUUAAUUUUUUU